AUCAUGGCUAUUCUAAUCGCGCUGACAACUGAUUUAAACGGGUCAUCGGGGUUACGAAUCGUUCAGGAAGAGAUCAGGGACGCGGAAAAAGAAACGAUCUGCCAUCGCCGAUGAUCUUAUAAGCCAGCGUCACGUUACAAGCCUGUAACGAGUCAAGGAGCGAACGCAUUGCCGAAAGAAAGAGCGAUACGAGGAAAGCGUGAUUAAAACCGUGAGUGCUCGUUGAAAUACUCGUUGUUGGAAAAUAUCGCGAGGGCAAUAUUGGACGAUGGAUCGUACGCCGAAAUGUAAGUCGUGUUGAUAAUCGUGAUUGAUAACGUCAAAAUUUUCAAAAGGCAUUGAAAAAUGAAACUGCGACUGCGACGAGCGGAAAUCGCGAUUAGCUUGAUAGCGCUGUUGUCCGCCCUUGAGUUUUGCACGAGCAACAACGCUACCUGGAUCAACAGCCGCGACAACAAGACACGCGUAGUCAGGAAGAUAAGAAAGGACUUUCGGAAGUUGAAAAAGCAGGAGGGAGCGUUAAAGCUGAUAGGAGGUGAAAAUGGCGAACACGAAGGAAACGUGGAAAUACUUCACGAUGGGAAGUGGGGCAGUAUAUGCGAUGACGAAUGGGACGACAUCGAGGCCAAUGUGGUUUGCAAGCAAUUAGGCUUUAACGGUGCAAUUAAAGCAACAACAUACGGCCAUUUCGGUCAAGCCAGAAGAAGGUAUUGGAUGGACAACGUUUAUUGCGACGGAUCCGAGAACGAACUCGCGAAAUGCCGUUUCGACGGAUGGGGCAUUUCCGACUGCGGUAGCAACGAAGCUGCCGGCGUCAUUUGCUCGCACGACGAGGAAGCGAGAGCACCAAUCCCGCAGGAGAAGUCACCGAAGACCAGAAUAAAGGACACGUAUCAGCAAGGCACGGCUGUACGAUUAUCCGGAGGACGCGUACGUUCCGAGGGUCAGGUGGAGAUUAAACUGGGCAAUGCAGAUUGGGGUGUCGUCUGCGGCGAUAGCUGGUCCAUUCUCGAGGCUGCCGUGGUUUGCCGUCAAUUGGGUCUCGGUUACGCUUCCAACGCGGUGCAGACUAACUUCUUCAGCAAUGGGAAAACAGCACCGAUAUCGAUCAGCGGCGUACAAUGUAAUGGGAACGAGGGGAAUCUGGCAGAGUGCCUGCACGAUAAGAUUGCAGAUUGUCCAGGAACGACGAAGAACGUGGCGGGGGUGGUGUGCAAUCAGCAAAUGGCCGAUCUCGUCUUCGAUCACAUCGAGCUGAUGCGCACGGCACAUUUGGAGGAUCGUCAACUUUACUGGCUGCAGUGCGCGAUGGAGGAAAAUUGCGUGGCCUCGCAAGCUUACAAAGUGCUACGCGAAUCCGGAAACUGGCAUCUGGAGACGAGGCGAUUGUUGCGCUUCACCGCAAGGAUCUUAAAUGCGGGCACCGCGGAUUUUCGUCCCUCAGUGCCUAAACACCUAUGGGAAUGGCACAUGUGUCACAUGCAUUAUCACUCGAUGGAAGUAUUUGCCACUUUCGAUGUAAUCGAUUCGAGCGGCAAUAAAGUCGCCGAAGGCCACAAAGCGUCCUUCUGCCUCGAGGACAAUCAAUGUCUGCCCGAUGUCCAACCCAGAUACAAAUGCGCCAAUUACGGAGACCAAGGCAUUUCCGUUAAUUGCAGUGACAUUUACAAGCAUAAUAUCGACUGCCAGUGGGUGGACAUUUCCGAGCUCGAGCCGGGACAUUACACGCUCAAGGUCGCUGUGAAUCCCGAAUUCAAAGUUGGCGAGAUGUCGUUCGAUAACAACGCGGCGAUCUGCCGUUUGCUUUACACGGAAACUUUUGCAACUGUCCACAGUUGCAUAAUGGGACGUCCUUGACACGAUGCGUACUUGAUUGCAGGGAUUUUUCUAGCUGGCGACAAUCUACCGGGGGGGAGGAGAGGGGGGUGAGAGAUUAAUAUCGAGCGCGUUGGACAUGAUGAGCAAAAGAUGACGUAGUAAGACCUUACAAUAUGUAUAGAUUCACAAAUGAAUUUUAUAGUACGGAAUGAGAUUUCAAUUAAAAGAUGCAUCGCGCGAAAUUAAAAAAAUGACAAUGGUAAGGUUGGAAAGAAAUUGCGACGUCGCUGCUAAAAAUUAUUACGCUAGUUGAAAGAUUCAUAUUUAGAUAUGCCCACUGGAUCCUUAUAAUUUUAUGAGCUAGGUAUUUUUAGUAGGAUUAUAAAUUUAACGACAAACUAACGUAAGAGAAUAAAAGCAAUGUUGAAAUACAAA